GCCUUGCCGUGAUCCCUGGUAAGAAGUUUGCACUCUUCAUUCAAUGAACGAUUUUCCCGUCGCCCCUCGGGCAGGACGGGCGCGUACCGCUUGUGACGUGUGCCGACACCGGAGGAUUCGCUGUGACGGAGUGAAACCUGCAUGUGAGACAUGUCAUUACGCCGGGGUACCUUGCGUCUUCACGCCGCCACCCGCCGUACCUCGGAAGACAGUCCGAGAGCAGUUGGCGGAGCACAAAGUCCAGGUCCAGCACUUGGAAGAAGCUUUGAGAGCAGAGCGCGCGAAGAACGCAUUGACUCGUUUUCCUCUUAUCGAUCAGCCUUCUCCUGAUCCUGCUCCGGCUCCUGUAGGCGGCUUGGUGGAUUCAUAUGGAUUUGACGCGGCAUUGUCCGCAUUCAUGCGUACACUCGGAUUCUGCGGCUUCGGCCCUAAGCCCACUCCUUUUCUCUUUCCCACCGACCAGCAUCGCAUGCCCUCCAUCUUCAACCUCGAUCAAUUUGCGCACCAAUUGACAUUUUCGUUCAAGGCUGAGUUUCCUCACCAUACAUCCCGAAUCAUUCAUCCACAGCAACCCCCACCGUCACUGAUUCGUACCGUCAUCGACUACUUUUUCAACAACAGCCUCUACUCGGUCUUUCCCGUCAUCGAUCCAGACACUUUGCUAUCCCUUCGCGAUUCAGAUCUUCUCAAUGCCUUCCAAGAUCCUGUCACCCCUAUGAGGAGUGUCCAGGUAUGUCUGGUGGCCUUAACGGCUCUGGUCACCCGUCUGCGCGAUAAUGAGCCCGCGUUUGCUGGGGCCGACUCGGAAGCCUUCUUGCAGUCAGUGCUCGCGCGCUUGCCAGAGCUGGUUAUGUCCGGUGAUGAUGAUCUCUGGACCCUACGGACUCUGAUUCUGGCGGUGAUUUACUUGGCUCCACUUGGUGCACCUCAGUCCGCCGAGUUGAUUCUGGCCAUGGCAAUCCGGCUGCUCAUCAAUCUAGGCGGCAAUCGUACUCAGGAUAUCCACAAAUCAUCCAGUCUUAGGAAGCAUGCGGGGCAUCUUCGGGCCCUCUUUUGGCUCUGCUAUUCCAUUGACAGGGAAAUGUCUAUUCGUAGUUUGCACCCACCUUUUCUGCACGACAUCGACUGUGAUAUUGAACUCCCAGAGCAAUAUCUCAUGGCUUCGUCUGAGCAUCAGCCUGACCUGAGCCUGUCGCCAACCGCAGGGCUGCUCUACCCGACUGACCUUCGCAUGUCAAUCAUCAAGUCCAAGAUUUAUCGUCUUCUCUAUUCCGACUAUGGUCUGGCGCAAUCGGCCGCUAUACGGGUGCAGUACAUUCGCGAGCUGGAUGAGGAACUGAGUAAUGUGAAAGCCCGAUUUCCCGCCGACUGUCGCCCUGAGAAUCUGUCUCCUGGUAGCAUCCCUGAUUCCUGGGUUCUUGAUCUCAGUUUGCGAGCGGUUAACAUGCAUCUGGAAUACUACUACUGUCUUGCUAUAAUUCAUGGGGCGUGUCGCAUUACUGGGAGUCACCCUUCCCCGGACGAGGUAUCACCCCUAUCCUCUAGCAUCGAGCUGUGUAAUCAGGCUGCACGCUCCAUCUUGCUUUAUCUUAGUCGCCUACGUCAUCUGAUCAUCCCUCAAACUUUCUGGAUUUAUGCGCAGUUCAUUCUGUCUGCACUCGUGUCUCUCGGCUGGAAACUCAUUGCGGAACCCAUUCACCCAUCAGCGAUCGGCGAUCUUCACCUCAUUGAGCACACAAGGGAAAUGUUCACCGGACUGAAAGAGAUGAAUAACCCGAGCAAGUUUCCAGCCUUCUAUGUUAUGGAGGCUUUUAUUCUACGGUUGGUGUCUCUCGUGGUUCAAAGUAACCAUUUGCCAAGUGGGUAGAAGCUCGACCAUUCAUGAACACGCGGUUCCCGCCUACUUGCAGCACUAUCUUAUUCUCUGCGGUGAAGAGAACAAUAUGGCCAUGCGAGGGUUUUCGUUCAUUUCGCUCUCAA